AUGGUCGAGACCCGAGGCAAUCGGCCAUCUUUUGAUGCCGCUUCUGACCUGCCGUCUUUUCCUGACGAUGGCGACUUGGACCAGAAAACUUCACGUCCCUUGGAGGAUAACGAGGAGCAUGACACUCCUGCUGCCAAAAAACGCCGUACCGAUGCCGAUGCCGGCCCUGGUCCGGACGACGAAACUUCUUUCCAACAAUCGCUCGACAGCCUAGAUCAGCAUGGCCCCGGCCAUAAAAUUGAAGAGGAACUCGCAACGGCCCUUGGAGAAGGGAUCGUUGACACUCUGGAGUCUCCUGACCCCCGUCACAGUACUCAAACCCAGUCCGACGCCCCCGCCUCUCAGAAUGAGACAUCCAAUACCAGUCGAGAGCACGUCGUCUCUAUCAUCAACGACAUCAUGGAUCUUGGAGAACGCUCGGAAGCGCUCACGAACUUGGGACCGCAGGAGAUCCCUCCAUCCAGUGAUUUUCCCGGUGCACGGGGUUACAUCUUUCUCCGGGCCAAUUCCCAUCUGAAAAUCCAAAGUCUCCCUAUUCUGGACAACCUAUCAACGCAAAUCUUGUCCUUCCUCUCCAAAAACAGUUACCAGGACCUCACUGCCAUGGUGUCUGAACCGGAUUCCGAAAACGGUCAAGCCUAUGCCACGAUGCGGUCGCUCUUUGAUCAUACUAAAAGAGUCUACACUAUCCACCACUGCUUUCUACAAGCUUCCGAUCUCGAGAUCACCGACUCUUCCCAAAUCGACAUUAUCCGCAAAGCCAACCUUGCGUCGUUCGUGUCAAGCAUCUUCGGCUCUCAAGAAAUCGGGUUCGCCGACUUGAACGACUACUUUUUGGAUGUUUUUGUUCCUGAAGGUGGUCGUUUGUUAAAGGUUCAGGGAGCCCUUUACUUGGAACUCAAGACCCAGGCUUUCAUUGCGGCCUUGAACACCAAAAGUCGUACCCGGACGCAACUGCUCUAUGAGCUAUUCCCGGAAGAUAUGGAACAACAUCUGUUGAACAGGCGGCCAGGAAUCAAGCAGUUGGCCCCUAGUGAAACCGAUUUUGUCAACCGUCUUACAUCUCGCCGCGACAUCCUUCUUAACGAAAUCAACAACAAUAACGAAGAGGCACUCCAGGCGUUGCCGGAUAAGUACCGAUGGGAACAUUUCCUGAGGGAUCUCAGUUCCUACAUUGCCAAAAAUUUCGAUGCCAUCAACAACCCGCAGACACAGAAACCCGUCAAAGGACGCCAGGCAUCCAGCUCGAAUGAAGACGCCCAAGAAACCCCUAGUACCACCCAUCAAGGGCAAUUCUCAGUCAAUCAGCAGGUCGAGGUUCCUGUCGAUCGGAAUAUGCACGGCGACCUUGUUGCGCGUGCUGCUCGUGCUGCGCAGAUUGCUCUCCAAGGCCAUGGCCUUCGACGUUCCCAGCAGCAAUCCCAACAACAAAAUCAAUACCAACAGCAGCAGCCUCCGUCCCAGGCUAGCCAGUCGCCUUCUCAGCAUCACGCUCAACCUCAACAGCAGCAGCAGCAGCAACAACAACAACAACAACCACAACAUCAACAACACCAGCACCAUCAGCCUGCCCAACCUCAGCAGACUAGCCAGGACGACAACCAGUAUCUCCAUGGCUACACCGCUGCCCAGCAGCCCGCUCAGCCGCAGCAGCAGCCGCAGCAGCAGUUCCAUCACAGCCCUACGCCACCGGGGGGUACCAUCAACAACAAUCUGCAAAGUCCCUUGCAAGCAAACUUCCAGCAAUACAACCCUAACGCGGCGCAGGCUAUGCAGGCUCGGUCCAAUGGGAUGUCGUCACAACAGCAAGGCUACCUACCAGGGAUUCCUCAUUAUUCUCAAUCCCAACCGACGCAAGUCCUCUAUGAGCGGGCUCGUAUGGCUGCUUCAGCCAAGUCUUCACCAACGAGCCGCAAGUCUGGACUCCCCAGCCAACGUCGGCCAUGGACAACUGAAGAAGAGAACGCGCUCAUGGCCGGUCUUGACCGAGUCAAGGGCCCUCAUUGGAGCCAAAUUCUCGCAAUGUUCGGUCCCGGUGGUACCAUCAGCGAAGCUUUGAAGGACCGCAACCAGGUACAGCUUAAAGACAAGGCUCGCAACCUGAAGCUGUUCUUCCUCAAGAGUGGAAUCGAGGUGCCUUACUACCUGAAGUUUGUGACUGGCGAGCUGAAGACUCGCGCGCCUGCCCAGGCUGCCAAACGUGAGGCCCGUGAGAGACAAAAGAAGCAAGGCGAAGAAGACAAGGCGCACGUGGAAGGGAUCAAGGGUAUGAUGGCACUGGCGGGCGCACACCCGUCGCCUUCUCCUCCGGAUGCCAGCAACCAGUCUGUUUUCGACCAGACCGCCGAACAGAACCUGAUGCAGACCCUUAGCCAGGAGGUUCAUGGUAGUCAAUACCCUCAGCACCACGCUGCGCCACCCUCAGACCAUAUUGAUCCGCACAUGCAGAUGGGCCAAUAA